UAUGUUACCGAGGCUCAAUCGAUGAUGACCGUUCUUUGAAUUCUUCAUCUUUCUGAACAAACUCAUUGCUAUCCUAAUCCCUAAUUUUUCAACCGCCGGUAUAUUCGCAUGAUACACACCGCAUUUUCUUCAUCUUUUACUGUCACUGAUUGUUAAGAUUUAUGGAGCAGAUAGAGGUAUGUGUUGAUACUGUUGUAGGAAAUUCUAUGUUGAGAGAUAUCUCCGAUAGAGGAAGAAAAUGCGUUACAACAGCUGAUAUAUAACUAAAUCCGGAAGUUCUGUGUUGGACAAAGUUUUGGAAAACUAAAUUUGGUUCCUGCUCCAUAAUUGUGUUCCCUUUCAGAGAUUGGAACCUGUUGUUCCUAGUAGAGGGAGGAAUACUGAUACCUUAAAUGAGGCUUACUUAAGGGUCUGUGAGGAACAAUUAUAUGCUUGGAAACUUAACGUGGAAGUUGAAGUACUGGGCAUGAGGACAAGAACAUAGAACUGAGUGAGACAUGGAAUGAAGUUGAUUGAAGCUGAACCUGGUGGUGGUCGGACAGGCUGAGUUAGCCAAACCAAAAAUGAAGGUCAAGCAAAAGCUUCACCAAGCCAUGGAUUUGCUGUACUCUCAUGGCCCUGCUUCUUUUGACGAUUACACUCGUCUUGUGCUUCAUUGUGCUCGAGCCAAUGACUUCAUUCAAGCAAAGAGACUGCAGUCUCACAUGGAGCUUUACCUUUUUCAACCAAAAGAUUCCUUCAUCCACAACCAACUCCUCCAUUUGUAUGCCAAAUUUGGCAAGCUCUCAGAUGCUCAAAAUGUGUUUGAUAACAUGACUAAGAGAGAUGUUUAUUCUUGGAAUGCCUUGCUUUCUGCUUAUGCAAAGAUGGGUAUGGUUGAGAAUUUGCAUGUUGUCUUUGAUCAAAUGCCUUAUCGUGAUUCUGUUUCAUAUAACACAUUGAUUGCAUGUUUUGCAAGUAAUGGGCAUUCAGGAAAAGCAUUGAAAGUUCUUGUGAGAAUGCAAGAAGAUGGGUUUCAGCCUACCCAGUACUCCUAUGUGAAUGCAUUGCAAGCAUGUUCUCAGCUUUUGGAUUUGAGAUAUGGGAAACAGAUUCAUGGGAGGAUUGUUGUUGCUGAUAUGAGGGAAAAUACUUUUGUAUGGAAUGCUGUGACCGAUAUGUAUGCCAAAUGUGGUGAUAUAGAUAGGGCACGCUGGUUGUUUGAUGGAAUGAUUUAUAAAAAUGUUGUUUCAUGGAAUCUCAUGAUCUCUGGGUAUGUAAAAAUGGGGAACCCUGAUGAGUGCAUUCAUUUGUUUAACGAAAUGCAGUUGGCAGGUUUGAAACCUGACCUAGUUACAAUUUCAAAUGUUCUCAAUGCUUACUUUCAAUGUGGACGUGUAGAUGAUGCUAGGAAUAUAUUUACCGAAUUACCAAAAGUAGAUGAAAUUUGUUGGACAACAAUGAUAGUUGGUUAUGCACAAAAUGGAAGAGAGGAGGAUGCUCUGAUGUUGUUUGGUGACAUGCUACGUAGAAAUGUUAAACCUGACAGUUACACCAUUUCUAGUGUGGUUAGCUCUUGUGCCAAGCUAGCUUCUUUGUGUCAGGGUCAAGUGGUCCAUGGAAAAGUAAUAGUAAUGGGUGUUGAUAAUAACAUGCUUGUGUCAAGUGCUCUUGUCGAUAUGUACUGCAAGUGUGGAGUCACUUUGGAUGCUUGGAUCAUUUUUGAAACUAUGCCUAUUCAAAAUGUGAUCACUUGGAAUGCCAUGAUUCUGGGUUAUGCACAAAAUGGGCAAGUUCUAGAGGCCUUGGCUCUGUAUGAAAGAAUGCAAGAAGAAAAAUUCAAACCUGAUAAUAUUACUUUUGUGGGUGUCUUAUCUGCUUGUAUCAAUGCUGAUAUGGUAAAAGAAGGACAGAAGUAUUUUGAUUCAAUCAGUGAACAAGGAAUGACACCAACAUUGGAUCACUAUGCAUGUAUGGUCACUCUCCUAGGUCGAUCAAGUAGUAUUGAUAAAGCAGUGGAUCUAAUCCAAGGUAUGCCUCAUGAACCAAAUUACCAUAUUUGGUCUACCUUACUAUCUGUUUGUGCCAAAGGUGACCUAAAGAAUGCAGAGUUGGCAGCUAGUCAUCUCUUUGAAUUGGAUCCACACAAUGCUGGACCCUAUAUCAUGCUUUCCAACUUGUAUGCUGCUUGUGGGAGAUGGAAAGAUGUAGCUGUUGUAAGAUCUCUCAUGAAAGAAAAGAAUGCAAAAAAGUUUGCUGCUUACAGUUGGGUUGAGGUUGAGAAUGAAAUCCAUAGAUUUGUUUCAGAAGAUCACUCACAUCCUGAAGUGGGAAAAAUCUACGGUGAAUUGAACAGAUUGAUCUCAGUAAUGCGACAAAUUGGAUAUAAUCCAGAUACAAACAUUGUCCUACAUAAUGUGGGGGAGGAAGAAAAAAUUAGAUCCAUUUCUUACCACAGCGAGAAACUUGCUCUUGCAUUUGCUUUAAUUAGAAAGCCCAAUGGAGUUGCACCAAUACGGAUCAUAAAGAAUCUACGUGUAUGUGAUGACUGCCAUGUAUUUAUGAAGUUUGCAUCAAUUACCAUAGCACGACCAAUCAUUACAAGAGAUUCAAACAGGUUUCAUCAUUUCUUUGGUGGGAAGUGCUCUUGCAAGGACAAUUGGUAAAGUCUCGAUGAGAUGGUAAUCUGCUGUACUUUAACUGUUUCCAAAAGGAAGGGUGCUAGCAAUGUAAUAUGCAUUCCAUAUCCUUUCUAAAAGUUUUUGAAACAAGGGAAAAAUCUAUGUUAUUGUUCAAGACCCAUGAUUAAAGUAGGUGUCAGCAAGAGAAUACUAUAGCCACGUGCAGCUCAAGAUGUUUUGGACUAUUAGACAAGUAUACACUGAAUAUUGAUCAGUACUUGACAUCGAAUGAGCAGGUUUGAGCAUUGAAUGAAAGUGUCCAGAAAUAUACUCAACUUGCUGGGAAAUUGGGGCUAUUUGCGAUAUAUGCUGUAUGUAACUCAAUAUUUUGGCAGAGGCAAUUUCUAGCUUCUAAAGGGAUGAACAUAGCACCACUUGAACAUGAUUGGACCAUAAAGCUCCAGUGCCAAUGCCUGAGUUCAUUGAUAUGUCUGCAUUCUUGAUCUCCAGUCUCCACCAAGGUUGUAGGAUUGGUCCUAUCAAUUAAGAGGUGGUCCUGAAAACUCCAUUAGGGUAAGUAAUGUAUAAAAUAGUUUCAAUUUCGAUUCUCAUUCUUCAAUAGUUAUUGAUUAAUGAUUAUUCUUGUGAAAUUAAAAUUUCAUGCUUUGUUCUGUUAUGGAGUUUAGGAUCCAUUGAUGCCAUAUAUUGUAAAUCAAAUUUAAUCUUACACCAAUAAAUAAGUUUAUUUAUUAUGAAUGUUAAAAAUAUCCUGGAUAGGUUGAAUAUAGCCUCGUGUUUUAUCAUAUGCUGAAAAUAACUAUUCUAAAUUUUUCUGUAAAUUGGUUGGUGAUUAACUAUAAUUCAACUAUUGCAUUUAUGUAAAUCACUUCUUACAAGGAACUACCAGAUGCUGUAAGUUUAUCUAGUCUUGCACAUGAUUUUAUGGAUCCUAUUCUUAAUUUUAAUGAGUUGACCUUGCUUCAACGAUUGAUUAUGUAGGUUGAAGUGAUAUGAUAUCCUAGUGUUAUUAACAUAAUGUGAUAGGAGACCAUUGAUUAAGAGGGUGUAUGUAAGGCAUAGAGUGGGAAAAACAAUUGUAAUUGAAUAGUCUUUAAAUAGGGAAGGGAGUUAUUUGGAGGUUAGGAAGUUGUUGGGAGAUGAGAGGUCUCUUGAAUAUCUCAUUGUAUUUCUCUGGUUGUAUUGAUCAGCAGAAUUGCUCAAUAAUACACAGGUUCAUGCCUAAAUUAUUUUCAGUCUAUUCAAUCUUUCUUAAAUC